CUGUUUGUUAUGAGAAAACACUUAAAGCAGCCGAUCUGCUCUUUAUGUGUUUGGGUGCGUGCGUGUGUGUGUGUGACCUUAUAACAAUAUGUUGCAGAUAUAUUUUGUCACCUUCAACCGUUUCACUGACCGACCAUACUACCAGUGCCUGUUCCAACCUGAACAAUUAAAACUAGCAUGUGAGCAAUGCUGAUACGUCAUUUAUUGAGACAGCGAGCGCCUCCUUGUGGCUGCGGGGAGCAUCAGUCCAGGAGCGCCCUUUUCAAAACGGCACAAGCCAAUCUCAGUUGGUAUGCAGUCACUUUAUUGUCCCAGAGAUAAAGGCUAAUGUGUUUUUUUUGCCUUUCUUUAGUGUAGUUUGAGAAUGACACUAAACAGGGCACACCCUCUGCAAAUGAUAUGCACUUUAGUAAUGCAAGAAUAGACUUUCCAACAGCAACACUUUUAUUUCAUGAAAAUAUUCAGAUAUGUUGGACUCAGAAAAUAUAGGAUGUCUUAUAGUGGCCGGAAAGAUGGGGGUCUUUCUCUCUUCCUCUAAAAACACACACACACACACACACACUUCAUGACUCAUGCUGUUUGACAAAGAUGCAAUUUAGCAGUGAGCUUUGUGAGGGAGGGGGGGGGGGGGUGUCCUCCCUUUAAAACGAAGAUAGAGCUCCACAGGAAAAGCUCUAGUUGUGAAUCAGGGUGGGGGUAGGAAGAGAAGCAGGAGGCCAGCCAUUGUGGAUCGUCAGUAGAGUGAGAGAGAGAUGGGAGGAAGGUUUGCGAGCUGAUGGACGUGUAUUGUAUAAUAUGCUAUUUGUAAUAGCAGCAUACCAAAUAGAGAGAGGGAGAAGGAGGGCAGAAUGCAGGACAAAGAGGUUCCUCAGAGCAGAGCCCCGGGCAGGAAGGCUCACCCAGCUCUUAAAGCCUUUAUGUGUGGCUCUGUCAGCGGCACCUGCUCUACGCUGCUCUUCCAGCCUCUGGAUCUGAUCAAGACACGGCUGCAGACCCUGCAGAACAAUGCAAAGUCCGGUGCACCAAAGGUGGGGAUGUUUACCGUUCUAAUCAAUGUUAUACAGAAAGAGAAUUUCUUCAGUCUGUGGAAGGGAGUGUCACCUUCAUUUGUCCGCUGCAUCCCCGGCGUGGGCAUCUACUUUAGCACCUUCUACUCCCUGAAGCAGCACUACCUCCUGGAGCGGGAACCCAACGCCGGCGAGGCCGUCCUGCUCGGCGCCGGCGCCAGAGCCGUGGCCGGCAUCUGCAUGCUGCCGUUCACCGUCAUCAAGACGCGCUUCGAGAGUGGCUGCUACAACUAUGGGAGUGUGGCGGGCGCUCUGAGGAGUGUGUAUGAGACGGAGGGAAUCAGGGCCCUGUUCUCUGGGCUGACUGCCACGCUGCUCCGCGACGCUCCGUUCUCCGGCAUCUACGUCAUGUUCUACAGCCAGGCCAAGAAGGCGCUGCCUCCAGAGGUGACGUCGUCGCCUUAUGCCCCUCUGGUGAACUUCAGCUGUGGGGUGGCGGCGGGCGUCAUGGCGGCGCUGGCCACGCAGCCGGCGGACGUGGUGAAAACCCACAUUCAAAUCAGCCCAUCCCACUGGAGCACGAUGGACGCUAUCCGCUACAUCUACACGGAGCACGGCGCCGUGGGGUUCUUCCGCGGGGCCGUCCCUCGGUCUCUGCGCCGCACCCUGAUGGCGGCUAUGGCUUGGACUGUCUACGAGCAGCUGAUGGCUCGGAUGGGCCUCAAAUCCUGAAGAGCAUCGCCGACGGGCCGCAGCAAAACAGGAUGAAACAUGAGGCGCGAUGGCGGACGUUGUUUCCUCCCCAAAGCCUUGCAAAAGAAGAAAAGGGAGCCGAGGAGCUCGCAGAGACAGUGUAGCAGCACAACUAAGUUUUUUUUUUUAAAGAAAUAAUAACCAGGUGGAUAAAUGUGUGUGCGUGCAGGUACUGGUUGUCGUUCUAAUGUUUGUGAAAAUGUGCCUGUUUGUGUCCGUACGUCUGAGAUGUUACACUUGUCUCCCUCUUAAUGUCAAUCUAUGGCUGAAGCGACACUCCUGCUGUGAAAUGAACUUGUUCCUCCUCUCACUAUUUAUGUUUGGACCCCCUGAGGUCCAAAGAAAGCGGCUCUGCGACUGCGACAAGGUGCUUUUAAAAGGCCGUCAACACAACCGGGAGGCUGCAAGCUGGCUGGUGUGCUGAGGCAACCACACAUGGAAGCUCUGCAGGGGGAAGAGCUCUGGCUUCCGCCAUAUAUUCAAGCAAUGGGUUUUCUAUUACCAAUUAACGCCAGGUUGGUUAUUUAAUUCAACACAAGCUCAGACAAUCACGAGCGCUCACCCAGGAUGGGAAGAAAAUGACAAAAAGGCCUUUGGUGGCCGUACCGCUCGCAACGUUGCUACUUAACUGUGAUGCUGUUUUUUUGACACAACAUUCAGACCGGGCAUUUUAAUUGCAUCAGGGUUAUGAGUUUUAUCAUUUGAAAUCCUUUUUUUAGGAAACAAACAGCAACGCACUUUGCACUUUCCCUUAAACGUUAAGUUGAUAUUUCUUUGACGAGGUAAAAUUCUUUCUUUCCGAUUUAGUUAAGGAGUCGUUCCCCCUCCUGUGAGCUCCAGAACCUGAAUCAUUGGGCUUCUGCGUUCUUAAAAGUUAUAAAGAAUAUUUCCUGGAGAGAUUUUCAAGCAUCUUCUUGGCUUUGUAAAUAUUAGACUAGAUGCAGAUUUAUUGGUUGUAGCAAACAAAAGCCCUGUUUUUAUGUUCAAUGUUCAGUCCUUCGCUUUAAAUAUUUAUUACUGUUCAUAUAAGAAAAGAAGGGAUCUAUUGAAAAUGAUUAUAUUUAGAAAUAUAGGAUAUUAGAAAUGAUGCCAAAUGGAAGAUGUUAUUGGCAGAGGUUAAUAGAAGACAUUAUUACACACAUGUUUGAUGGUUUUUGGUGCACAUCUUGCUCAUCUCCAUCAAAACUCCUCUCAUGCGGUCUUCAUUGAGCCUCUGCUGUGACCAUGGUGUGUUUGCUCGGCCCGGCUGAUUUUUAAUGUCGAUAAAUUUUCCUCUUUUUCAAAAUGACUUUGAAUUUCCUUUAUUAUGGUUUGGUGUUCCAGAUUGCAACUCACCCAUACAGACACAAUGACAUUCUUAUAAAUAUUCAACAUUUGACAAAAUAUUUGAAUGUUUCUAAAACAUCUUCUCAUUAAAAGGUUUAUGGCUCUAAACGAA